AUGCGUUCACUGGAGCGCGUGUACGUCUUCGUGGGUCGGUAUGUGGGUGUGUCUGGGAAUGGACUGGGCCCGCCUCCCCACCAGGAGCCUGUCGGUGCCUCCCCGGGGCCCGGGCUCAGCCCAGCCUGGCUGAGUCACGGGACCGACCGGGCGGGCGGGUUAAAAAGGCGCCCGCCCGACACAACGCCUCUCUGCCAUCCCGCCCGGCCCGUCCAUCCACCAGCAUGCACCCCACCGCCGUCCUCGCCGGCUCCCUCCUGCUCCUGGCCGCCCUGGGGGUGGAUCCCGGCCUCGCCACUGCGGCCGCCCCUUGGAGAAGGUCAUCGACCGGCAAUCAACCGCGGCCUGACCAAUGCUGAGCGUGAGGUGGGCCGAGCCCUGGACGGCAUCAACCACGGCUUCACGCAGGCUGGCAAGGAAGUGGAGAAGGUGUUCAACGGGCUAAGCAACGUGGGCAGUCAGGCCGGCAAAGAGCUGGACAAGGGAGUCCAGGGGGUCAACAGCGGCCUGGACAAGCUGGGCCACGGGGCCAACAACGCUGCCGGCCAGGCCGGGAAGGAGGCCGACAAAGUCGCUCAAGGGGUCAGUCAUGGGGUCGGCCAGGCCGGGAAGGAGCUGGACAAGGGCGUCCAGGGGGUCAACCAUGCAUGGGACCAGACCGGGAAGCAGCUGGACAAAGGGGUUCAGGGGGUCAACCAUGGGGUCAACCAGGCCGGGAAGGAGCUGGACAAGGGCAUCCAGGGGGUCAACCAUGCGUGGGACCAGACCGGGAAGCAGCUGGACAAGGGCGUCCAGGGGAUCAACCACGGGAUCGACCAGGCCGGGAAGGAGCUAGACAAGGGCGUCCAGGGGGUCAACCAUGCGUGGGGCCAGGCCGGCAAGCAGCUGGACAAGGGCGUCCAGGGGGUCAACCAUGGGGUCGACCAGGCCGGGAAGGAGUUGGACAAGGGCGUCCAGGGGGUCAACCAUGCGUGGGACCAGACCGGGAAGCAGCUGGAUAAGGGCAUCCAGGGGGUCAACCAUGGGGUCGGCCAGGCCGGGAAAGAGCUGGACAAGGGCGUCCAGGGGGUCAACCAUGCGUGGGACCAGACCGGGAAGCAGCUGGAUAAGGGCAUCCAGGGGGCCAACCAUGGGGUCAACCAAGCCGGAAAGGAUCUGGACAAGGGCGUCCAGGGGGUCAACCAAGGGGUGAACCAAGCUGGGAAGGAGCUGGACAGAGGAGUUCAAGGGGUCGACAAUGCGUGGGACCAGGCCGGCAAGCAGCUGGACAAGGGCGUCCAGGGGGUCAACCAAGGGGUGAACCAGGCUGGGAAGGAGUUGGACAAAGUUGCUCAUGGGAUGAACCAUGGGGUCAACCAGGCCGGCAAGGAGCUGGACAAGGGCGGCCCGGGGGUCAACCAGGCGUGGGACCAGACCGGGAAGGACGUCCACCACGGGGUCAACCAGGCCGGCAAGGAGCUGGACAAGGGAGUCCAGGGGGUCAACCAGGCGUGGGACCAGACCGGGAAGGACGUCCACCACGGGGUCAACCAGGCCGGGAAAGAGGCUGACAAACUCCUGCACGGCGGGCAGCAGACCGGCGGCGGGGUGACUCCUCUUUUUUCGGGGGCGACCGCCAAUGCGCCAUUGAUUAACUGGGCGGCCUUGUGGAGGGGCAUCGCCAACAUCAAUCCUUGAGCAGGGGGCCGUGGCCGUGGCCCUGGCCGGAGUCCUGGUUCCCAGAGGCCGAGCCGCUGUGGACC